UCCGCGUGUCUCGCAGCAGCAGGUGAACAUGAGUGCCUCAGUCGCCUCUGACAGCAGACUUCGCUCAUGGAUGGAGGAGAACGCGUCUUUCUCAGUUUGACGCGAAUUAAUUUCUUUGAAUGAUGAAGGUGUUGACUUCCGCGGACCGUUGGACAGUUUUGAGCUCACGCGCUUUUGUUUUUUUCGAAGUCAACUAAUUCAUCGGCUGCAUCGUCUGUCUUCGUUUUAGCGUCUGCGCCUGCUGCCACUAUUUUCUAAAAUGGCUUUUGCCAAAUUCAGCAAGAUCCUCCGACUUCCCACAAUUGAGGUGAAGAAGAAAACCAAACAGUACGAGCACGUUCAUCGGGACGUAAAUCCGAACGACAUUUGGGAAAUUAUCGGGGAACUGGGCGAUGGCGCUUUCGGAAAAGUUUAUAAGGCCCAGAAUAAAGAGACGGGUGCUCUCGCUGCGGCCAAAGUCAUCGAGACCAAGAGCGAAGAGGAGCUGGAGGACUACAUGGUGGAGAUCGACAUCUUGGCGUCCUGCAACCAUCAGUACAUCGUCAAACUGCUCGAUGCCUUCUUCUACGACAACAACCUGUCGAUAAUGAUCGAGUUUUGCCCCGGAGGUGCCGUCGAUGCCACUAUGUUAGAGCUGGACAGUCUUGAAGAGCCUCAGAUCCGGGUGAUCUGUAAACAGAUGCUGGAGGCUCUUCAGUAUCUCCACAGUAUGAAGAUCAUCCACAGAGACCUGAAGGCUGGAAACAUUCUGCUCACGCUGGACGGAGACAUCAAGCUAGCGGAUUUUGGAGUUUCUGCAAAAAACAGCAAAACUCUUCAGCGACGAGACUCUUUUAUCGGGACUCCAUAUUGGAUGGCUCCGGAGGUGGUGAUGUGCGAGACCAUGAAGGACGCUCCGUACGACUACAAGGCUGACAUCUGGUCCUUGGGCAUCACGCUGAUCGAGCUGGCUCAGAUAGAGCCGCCCCAUCACGAGCUCAACCCCAUGAGGGUCCUGCUGAAAAUCGCCAAGUCCGAGCCGCCCACCCUCGAGCAGCCGGCCAAGUGGUCGAUGGAAUUUAAGGAUUUCCUGAAAAAAGCUUUGGACAGAAACCCUGAGACGAGGCCGACGGCCGCUCAGCUUCUAGAACAUCCUUUCGUCAGUUCGGUGAAGACCAACCGUCCGCUGAGAGAGCUGGUGGCCGAGGCCAAAGCCGAGGUGAUGGAGGAGAUCGAGGACAAUCAAGAAGAAGCAGAAGACGAGGACCCUGCUGACCUCUCACCUGCGCCCAUCAAAGACCCUUCAGAAACCAGCGAGACCAGUUUAUAUGGCGACCAUCACCACAACGAAGCUCCGAUGGAGCUCGAGGAGGAGCCCAGGACCCCCGAGUCCACCGAAGCUCCUCCGAAAGAGCAGGACGAUCUCAGCGACAAGUUCCCAGAAGAGGACCACGACAAACCCGAGAGCGAGGCGUCAGGCAAGACCUCCAGCUCCGACUCGGGCAUCGAGGACGGGAAAAGCACCCCCACCCACGAAGAGGACCCCAAGGUCUCGGAACCAGAGCUUCCUCCUCUGAGGACGGCAGAACCUUCGGAGUCAUCGGAGUCUUCCUCGGACGCCGCGGAGCAGCCCCCGGAGAAACCGGAGGAACCGGAGAAGGAAGAAGCUCGCGGCGUGAGGGAGAUGCCCAGCCAGCGCGUGGUUCUGGACCGCGCCGAGUCCAGAGAGCCGAGCAAGCGCGCGUCUGCGGCGAGCGCACCGCUCUCUCUGGCUGCCGAGGACGGCGAGAGGUUAUCCAACGGCAGGCUGUCGAAACGACUCUCGGAUGUGACGAGCGAGAACAUGGACAUCAGCCUGAACCUGUCGGGGGAUAUGUCCGUCAACAAAGACCUGGGCACCAUCUCUUUACGGGACCACAAGAAGACGCUGAAGCGCACGCGUAAGUUCCUGGUGGACGGCGUGGAGGUGAGCGUCACCACCUCCAAAAUCAUCACCGAUGACGAGAAGAAGGAUGAAGAAAUGAGGUUCCUCAGGCGCCAGGAGCUUCGAGAUCUGCGUCUGCUGCAGAAAGAACAGCAUCGAGCGCUCACUUUGCUCAACCUGAAGCUGAAAGAGCAGCGGGAGCAGAUGCAGCGCAGGGUCGACCAGGAGAUGAACGCCAAGAAGAAGUACUACGACACGGAGCUGGAGACGCUGGAGAAACAGCAGAAGCAGACCAUCGAGAGGAUGGAGACGGAGCACACCGUACGCCUGCGGGACGAGGGCAAGCGCAUCCGAGCCGAGCAAGAGAAGGCCUACAACAAGUUCCUGGACCUGAUGAAGCACCGCAAGAAAGAGGUCAAACAGGAAGUGGAGAAAAUGCCCAGGAGUCAGAGGAAAGAAAGCAUGAAGGUCAAAAUGACCAACUUCCAGCACAUGAAGUCAGAGGAGGAGGAGAAGUUCGUUGUUGUCUCAUCUGGGAGAGGAACAGAACCUGCUCCGAGGUGGAGCUCCUCAAUGCACUCAGACCCCAGCUUCCUCCAGAGAUGUCCCUGCACACCUUCUCACGCCUGGCUGCUGUUUCCUGUCAGAUCAACUCGAGCGCCACCCUCUGGGACCUGGAAGAGAAGAGCUUGCACUCAGAGACACCAGCUCCUCAAGCAGCAGCUGAAGGACCAGUACUUCCUGCAGAGACACCAGCUCCUCAAGAAGCACGAGAAGACCUCUCUCUGUCUCUGUUCCUGCCUUCUCUCACUGACCACCACCUCUCUCUCUCUCUCUCUCUCUCUCUCUCUCUCUCUGUCUCUCUCUCUCUCUCUCUCUCUCUCUCUCUCUCUGUCUCUGUCUCUCUCUCAGUUCUCAAGGCUGGAGGAGAAGAGGCAGAAGGCCGAGAGACUGCACCAGCAGCAGAAACACGAGAACCAGAUGAGAGAUAAGAUCAGCGAGUGUGAGGGAAACUCUAGAGAACUACAGCAGCUGCAGAAUGAGAAGUGUCACCUGCUGAUAGAAAGCGAGAGCGCAGCGUCUGAAGUCUCUGGUGAGCAGCACAACCAGCAGCUGAAGGACUGGAGAGAACGGCUGAAGCCCAGGAAGAAGGUUCUGGAGGAAGAGCUGACUCUGAGGAAGAAAGAGCAGGAGCUUUUCUUCAGGAUGAGUGAAGAGUCCGAGUGUCAGAACGUGUCUUCUCCAAACAAGCUCACCAAGUUCCUGCCGUACGUCGACUCGUCCACCACAUGACGACACACACCACCACAUGAUCACACACACACACACACACACACACACACACACACACAGUACUGGUUUGAUUCUGGUGAGUUAGAAAGCUUCGCCUUUGCUUUAUUUAAAAGCUACUGUUGCUAUUUUAUCUUCAACUGAGCAAAAACUGCAUUGCCAAAGAUAAUGUACAAACCUUGCAUAUUCCUAUAUAUUUGUAUUUUUUCUAUGAUUGUUUAAUAUAUAUAUUGCAACUUCUCGAUUUUCUUUUAUAGCCAGUUUCCUCGCACAGAUGUCUGUACUUCUGUUUUAAUUUGAACCGCCGCACAAGUUUUAAUUGGUACAUUGUUAUUUUACCGUUUUGUGUUUUAAACAGUAACUCAUUUGUCACUUUUAUUCUUCUGCUAUGAUAAGGAGCGUCCGAGGCACAUUUACUGUAACUUCAUCACACUGGACCAGAAAUGUCUUUUAUUUUGUAGUUUCUUGUCACCGAACCGAAGUGCAAUACGUAGUUGUGUUCUGAUUUUAUACACGUGUUUUAUUUCACAACGACUUCCAUUCUUUUUAUUUACCAAAGCCUGGAGGUACGAGGACUUUAAAGCUUUUUUUUUAUGAAUGUUGAGUCUGUAAUUCUGUUAACUAAAGAUUCGGUGCGGAUGAUGUACCAAAGUCUUGUCCCGUCAGAGUAUCUCUAAUAAAUCAGAUGUUUAUUAUUCACCCUUA